GUCUUGAUCGGUGUGUUUUAGUUUUGGGUGUGCUGUAUAUAUAUUGAGAGACAAAAACAGUGAGACUUCAUUCGACAUAUAUAAAAUUUUUACAAUUGGUUGGCUUCGUAUUUUCAUUCUUAAACAGUGUACGUACAAUUGCUUUGCAUCAUCAAGUAAAUAAUUAUGCCCAAGCGCAAGCGAUUGUUUAUAUGCGAUCUGAUACAAAGGCGGGAAAUCGGCUCAUUGGGUCGCGAUGAAACAAAAAAAUUUAUCGAAGCCAGCACCGGCAUUGCUGAUAAAUUACUAGUUCACGAUAAUGUAAUUAAGACAAUUCCAUGCAUUGAUGAUCGAUCCAGAUCAUCUUAUAUGGCAGUCACAAAUAGUAAAGGCAUUGCUGCAAUGACCCAUUCAAAUAGAUGUAUCAGCCUAAUCAACACCGGUACCAUGAAACGAAUAGCCGAAAUUGAUGGUCUCACACGUACAGUGUGGACGCUAUGUUUUCAUCCACACGAUUCGAAUCUUUUGGCAACUGGAGAUUUGGGUGGAACAGUUUGUGUCUUCUAUGGAACGACAAAAAUGCGAUCGAGACUGAACGACAGUUAUCCAAUCACCUCAAUCAGUUUUCACGCUAGAGAACCGCUCAUUUUUUAUUCCAUUGACAAUCGAAUCGUCAUAUGGAACUAUGAAAGUGACGUUAAAAUAACCGAUCUCUUUGCGAUGGAAGAAUCGCGUAUAAAAUACGUAAAGUAUAAUCCCACCAAUGAUAUGCUGAUAACUGGAAUACGUCGCGAAAAUCAGAUUUCAUCGUUUGGUAUCAACGAUGAACCGGACGAAAACCAUGAAACAAGACUAAUUUCGUGCUCAUCGUUCUUCGAUCAUUUAUUACGUUCGUUAAGUUCAAUCAUCGAUAACAUUGAUCCAAACAGUUUUGUAAACCUCAGCCAUUAUUGGUCACACAUUCAAAUACACACCAACACCUAUUACAAUGCGCUCAGAAGCUCCUAUAAAGUGCAAUUACAGCCAGUGAAAUUCAUCGGCGACUUUAAUAUAUCAUUGUCUUUAAUGCAAGUGCGUGUGCAUCAAAUCGCGCGCAUGGUAUUCCGGUGUGAUAACUUUUCGAAUGACGAAAUUUUGGAUGAAAAUUCGAAUUUGGUUGACAAACCAAAUUAUUUUACGAUACGCAACACAUUAGAAGCAAUAAAAUACAUUCUUCAAAUGUAUAAAAAUGAAGUUAAAAAUUUUAAAUGUGUGGAUCAUUUCGAAUUUUCAACACUGGCUGAUAUCAUUGUAACCAUACAUCGAAUACUCAAUCUCAAUGAUUUAUCGAAUUUGAUAAGACAAAAUAUUCAACGAUCAGAUAUGUAUCAAUAUAGACUGCAAGCAUGGAAUAUGGAAAAUAUGGACGAAACCUAUUUGCCGGAUUUUUCACAAAAUUGGCGUAAUUUAAUAACGUAUUGCUACAUUCACAACGAUUCCACAGUCGAGCUAUCAAAAUGUGGUACAAUGAUUGCUUCAUUUGAAGUGGCCAGCUCUAGAAAGAUUAUCACUGUACAUAGUUUAGAAAAGUCGACAUUGGGCCAAUAUAUUUGUUCAUAUAUAUUAGAUAGUGACGAAAUUUUGAUGUCAUUAUCAUUUUCACCGUCUUCAGAAUACUUAUUAGUUGGAGUUCGUUCGAGCGAAAUUUUCGGAUGUUUUUUGAAAAUAAUAAAAAAUCGUACACAAAAUAGAUUUAGCCCACCGGUUUGCAUCAAAUCAGUUGACCAAGAAGUAAAACGGGAACUAUUUUCAGGAGGUGAUGCCAUUGUAAUGCUAAAACGGAGCCUUUCCAAUCCGGAUGUAAUUAGCUAUUUAAAAUGGUCAGCACGAUCUGGUGAUGGGGUCAUCAUUGGUUAUAAGACUUAUCAAUUACGAUGUCUAGUGCGUCGAUAACCAAAUUGCGUCUUAAACUGAAUAAGAUAUAGGGUGAUCAUAGUCGUAGUUAUUUCCUUUUUAAUGGAUUUUCAUUUUAAAUUGACAUUUGUGCAAGCGAACUGAAUAUUUUUUUUUUUUAAUUGUCACACUUAUUUUAAAAUUGUAUCAAAAAUGAUUGUGUAUCAUUUUGUUUUUGUUUCAAUGCAUUAUGUAUUAUCCAGUGAGAAAGUGCGAUUAAUUUUAGGGGUUUUCGUUUCGAUUCUUAAAUUUGUAUGGUCAGAUAGAAUUUACAUAGGGAAAAAAAACAUAUAAAUCCGAUGCGACACGAAAAUAUUAAAUUAUUAAAUUCUUAUGAAACGAUAACGAUAGACAGAAGAUAUUUUAAAGGCGCCCUUUAAUUGUAUAUGAUUUGAUUUUGAUGCUGUUAUAAAUUAUUAGACACAAAUACACAUUUUAGGAUCGAAAAAAAUUAGCGUAGAUUUAUUAUGGUCCUC